AUGAAGAGGACGCUGCUGCUUGCCCUGGUGAUCCUAGCCCUGCUGAACCAGGUAAUCCUGGUAAAAGGCGCAUCUGUUUUGGGCAUAGACUUUGGAAACGAGUACAUAAAGGUAUCCAUUGUGUCGCCAGGAAAAGGUUUCAACAUAUUACUGAACAAUCAGAGUAAGCGAAAAAUAACGAAUGCAAUCUCGUUCAGUAGUAAAGUCAGGACCUUCGACGAGGAAGCGAAAAUAUACAGCGCAAAGCAUCCGCAUUUGACGAUCCAAAAUGGGAACGACUAUUUAGCCUACAACAUAUUCGAUGCAUUGAAAAAUAAGGAAAAUUUCAAUGUAGAAAAUUAUGAUGAAAGUAAUGAAGAUUUUUACGGAGAUGUGAAUAAUUACGAAUUCCACCAAGGGGAUGAUCCAGCUACUAAAUAUUUUGACUACGAUUAUGUUGUAGAUCAUAAGAGGGGAACCAUCAGUUUGAAACUAAAGAAUGAUAUGGUUCUGUCGUCGGAGGAAAUUACAGCAAAUAUAUUAGGCUACAUAAAGAAGCUAGCGUACAAUCAUCUAAAUGUGGAUUACAAAACGAAGAGGUCGGUAAAUGUACAUAUCGGCUGUGUGAUAUCCAUUCCGUGUAAUUACCCACAAAGGAAGAAGGAGGCUCUCCUCAAUGCAACCAAAAUUGCAGGGCUAGAAUUACUAGGGUUAGUGAAUGGAGUCACCGCUGCUGCCAUACACAAUGUGCACGACUUGCCUUUGAACACGACCAAAUUAACCAUGUACUUGGACGUGGGAAGCAAAAAUAUCAAUGUGGGAAUAGGAACAAUUAGCCAUGUAGAGAAAGAUAAAGUGCGGACCAGAAGCGUUCAGAUGUAUGCAUGUGAAGUUAUAGAGAACAAAUCAGGAAAUCAAAUCGAUGUGAUGCUAGCUGAACACUUGAGGAAGAAAUUUGAAGAAAAAUAUAACUUGUCCAUUUAUGACGAUAGGAAAGCCAUGCGGAAAUUAGUCCUGGCAGCGAAUAAAGCAAAAUUGUUGCUAAGCGCUAAGAAGUCCACGGAUGUGUUUAUUGAAAGUUUGUACAAGAAUAAAAGCUUGAGCGAAACAGUCACGAGACAAGAAUUCGAAGAUCUAAUUGAAGAAGUGAUCUUAAAUUUUAAAGUCCCAAUUAAUAAUGCCCUUCAGAAGGCUUCCUUCGAAUUGAAAGAUAUUGAAGCUUUAGAAUUGAUCGGCGCUGCAUGGAGAGUCCCCAAAGUAUUAAAUGAAAUCACCGCCUUUUUUAAUCCCCUAACUGUUGGUAUGCACCUCAACAGUGACGAAGCAGUCACCAUGGGAAGCCUCUACAUUGCUGCCUACAACAGUGCGAACUUUCGUUUGAAAGAUUUGAACUACACAGAUAUUUUGUCAAAUGAAUAUCACAUAGUAGUUCAAAAGGAUGGGGAAAACGAAACAUCAGAUGAUCAAAAUAAGCCGAAGGAAAUUAUUGCUUAUAACUCCAGAUACCCCCUUACAAAAAGCGUCAUAUUAAAAUAUAGGGAAAAUUUAAAAUUUUCCAUUUUGGAGAAUGGGAAGGUACUGAAUGAAUAUUCUGUGAACCCUAUUGAUGAGGCGACGAAGAAGAAGUACGAAAAGUUCGACCCUCCGAAACUGAGCCUAGAAUUUCAGCUGGAUAAGUUCGGAAUUUUGACCCUGGAGAAGGUGUUCCUGAUUUAUGAGGAGAAGAAAGAGGUAGAGGCCAGCGCGGAGACAGCGGAUGGGCAGGAGAAAAAGGAAAGCUCCAAUGUGGAAACGAGUGAGCAGGCAGCUGGGGAAGUUAACCUCGAAGCCACGGGGGGGGAAGCCACCGACAAAGAAGCGACGGAGAAAGAGGCAACAGAAGCAGGUGAAAAAAAAACCCAAGUGGUGAAACACUCAGUGCAGAUGACCUACCAGAUCAGGAACAUUAAGCCGGCCCCCCUGACCAACGAAGAAGUGAACGCAAAGAAGGACAUUUUAAAGAAAAUGGACGAGCAUGAUAUUAACAUCUUCCUCAAAUCGGAAAGAAAAAACAAACUCGAGUCUUUUAUUUACGAGUCCAGAAGCAAAAUGAAGCAGGACAUAUUCAAGCAGGUGUGCAAGGAAGAUACCCUCACCGAGUACCUGAACAAAUUGGAGGAAUAUGAAGAGUGGCUUUACACUGAAAAUGACGAACCCCUAGAAAAUGUAAGUAACAAAAUAAGGGAGUUGGAAGAUGUCUAUUUUCCUAUUAAGGAAAGAGCGGAAGAAUUACAAGGGAGGGGAAAGCUAAUCCAGGACACGAACGCAAAAAUUAUGGAAAUGCAGCAGAAACUGAUAGAGUAUACAGCAGCCAAACCAUGGGCCGAGGAAACCAUUAAAGUUGUGAGAGAUUCAUUGGAGAAAGCAAUAGAGUGGUGGAAAGACGCACAGGAGGAACAAAAAAAAUUAGAUAAUUAUUCUGCUCCAUUUUUUAAAGCCAAAGAAGUAGAGAUGAAAUUUAAGUCCAUUAAUUUGCUAAUCAAAAGUUUGGAGAAAAUUAAAAAGCCCGCCGAGAAGAAAGAGAAAAAGGGGGAUGAAAAUGCUUCAUCCAGCGCGAAGGAUAAAAAAAACGAUGUGAACGAUGAGCAGCAAAGCAAGAAAGAAUCACAGAAUGACAACUCAAAUGAGAACAAGGGAAAUGCCGGCGAAAGUGGCAACGAAAGCGCCGACGCGGGAGCUUCCCAUGCUGAAGAUGGGCAGCAGAAGGACGAAUCGGAUACCAACACUAACGAAUCGUCAUAUAAGAAGAAUGGAUCGCAGGAUCAGAAGGACGAAUUGUAA